AUGGAGCUGGACAACAGCUCCCUGGACUACUUCACCAGUAACUUGACGGAGCUCCCGGACACCACCACUGUCCCGCCGUGGAGCGAGACCACGCUGCUCAGCCUCCAGGUUUCCCUGUCCGCCCUGCUGGCCCUCGUCACCCUGGCGACGGUGCUUUCUAACGCCUUCGUUAUCGCCACCAUCUUCCUCACCAGGAAGCUCCACACGCCCGCCAACUUCCUGAUCGGCUCUCUGGCCGUCACAGACCUGCUGGUGUCGAUUUUAGUCAUGCCGAUAAGCAUCGUCUACACCGUCAGCAAGACCUGGUCUCUGGGCCAGAUAGUCUGUGACAUCUGGCUGUCGUCUGACAUCACCUUCUGCACGGCCUCCAUCCUGCACCUGUGUGUGAUCGCACUGGACCGCUACUGGGCCAUCACCGACGCUCUGGAAUACUCAAAGCGCCGCACCAUGCGCCGGGCGGCCAUCAUGGUCGGGGUGGUGUGGGUGAUUUCUAUAUCGAUCUCCAUGCCUCCACUUUUCUGGCGGCAGGCCAAAGCCCACGAGGAGCUGACGGAGUGCAUGGUGAACACAGACCAGAUCUCUUACACCCUGUACUCCACCUUCGGCGCCUUCUACGUUCCCACGGUGCUUCUCGUCAUCCUCUACGGACGGAUUUACGUGGCGGCCCGCUCCCGCAUCUUCAAGACGCCGUCGUCGUCCGGGAAGCGCUUCACCACGGCGCAGCUCAUCCAGACCUCGGCAGGCUCGUCUCUCUGUUCCCUUAAUUCUUCCUCCCACCAGGAAGCACACCUACACUCCGGAGGCGGCGGCGGAGGAGGAGAGGGAGGAUCGCCGCUGUUCAUGAACAGCGUGAAAGUGAAGCUGGCAGACAGCGUGCUGGAGAGGAAGCGUCUGUGCGCGGCGCGCGAGAGGAAGGCGACCAAGACGCUGGGCAUCAUCCUGGGCGCCUUCAUCGUCUGCUGGCUGCCGUUCUUCGUUGGCACGCUGGUCAUGGCCAUAUGCAAAGAGUGCUGGUUUGAUCCGGUGCUGUUUGAUAUCUUUACCUGGCUGGGAUACCUUAACUCCCUCAUCAACCCCGUCAUCUACACCGCGUUCAACGACGAGUUCAAACAGGCGUUCCAGAAACUCGUCAAGUUCAGAAGGUGCUCCUGA